AUGAAUAACCCUUCAGUUCUUUACCCAAUCAACGAUGAAAAUUGUAACGUUGAUAAUCCUCCACUAAGAUCUUUCAAAAAUAGCCCAAAGCACCAAAACCAGCAGUUCCAAAGACCAAGCCCUUCAAGAUCAAUCACAACUUCCAACAGGCAUUACAGUCAUAGCUCAAGACCAGCAACAAAAAGAGCUACUACUGCAAGAUCCAGAGCAAACUCAAUCAAAGCUAUAGGACCGCGUAUUCAGAAAUCUGCAACAGUUGUCCUUAUUGGUGAUUCCAAUUGUGGUAAAACAAGUCUUGUUUUGACAUAUUUGAACAAGAAGUUUUCAACAGCACCAAAAUCAGUACUUUUUGAAACUUAUGAUAAAUCAAUCAAUUUUAAUAAUAAUACCAUAGUUGACCUUCAGAUUUGGGAUUUUCCUGGUGAUGAAUAUUUUGAUAGGUUCCGUCCAUUAGCUUAUGCCAAUGCUAAAGGUGUAUUGAUCUGUUUCACAUUGGAUAGGUUGGAAUCAUUAAGUCAUAUUGAAGAAAGAUGGAUCCCAGAGUUGGAAACACAUUGUCCAAAUUCAAUCAAAAUUAUUGUUGGUAUUGGAUCUGAAGUUAGGUUUGAUAAAACUAAAAUUGAUAAAGUUCCACCAUAUGACUAUUGUUAUAAGUAUGCUAAAAAGUUGGGAUGUAAAUAUAUGGAGUGUUCAUUGGUUGAUAGGGAAAGUUAUAUCAAAGUUUUUGAACAAUUGGCUAUAUUAAGCACAACGGAGGCCAAACCACAACAACCAGUUGGCUUACUGAUGCCAAAGACAAGAACAAAUACAAUCACCAAUAUAUUAUAUCUUGGUGAUAAUGAGGACCAGCAGCAGCAGCAGCAAACAAAAGGGUCUGAGGGAAAAUCAAAUAAGAGAGUAACAUCAUAUCAUAAAAGAAGAUCAUUUAUAGGUUGUUCUAUAGUAUAA